AUGGCUUGCCGCGUGCUCCAUGAAAAGGACUUUGGGGCAAUGGGUCAGAAGGAGUUCGUGAUCAUUAGUACUGAGAGCGAAGGGACAGUUCAAGCGAGCCUGUCCGUGGACAGCAAAGAGGAACAGAGGGUUGUUGCGAGAGUCAGUGGCAACGAUCAUUUCGAGGCUGUCUAUGCGCUCGAUAAUGCAGUAGGUGUUGAGCAUAAGAAGCAGCGGAGAGAGGAGCAGCAUCGGCAUAUAUCAUGA